AUGGCAAAGAAUAUUGGUGUAUCAGUAAUCAAUUUGGCGACGCUGACGAUCGUAUUAUUUCCAAUAAUCAUUGCAAUUAAAGCAUCUUCGCAGGUAAGUCGUAACAUAUAAUUAAUAUAUUGACAUGGUUAUAUAGGCAAGCAGGCAAAUUUCAAAGAUAUACAUGGGAAUUAAACGGGUUUAUAACCCAGCACAAAUUCUCUCUUUAAAACUCCUUAAAAUGGCUCAAUGAUGGAACAGAAACAUCCUCUAUUGAAAUACGGUUGAACAAUGAAUCAGUUCCUGCAAAUAUUUCUUACAAAUCCUUCAAAACUUAGAAUUUACCUAUGCAAAAUUCCAACUGUGAUCACAGAAGCUUUAAUAGUGUCAGCCAGCCUUUAUAUUAAAUCGAUCUUGUUUCUGUUAUAGUCGUCAGGAGUUCAUCAGUACAUGAAUAAAAGAGAGUUACUACGGUAUUUUGGAACUGAUAAAUAUGAAGACGGUACGUUUAUUCAAAGUCAUGACACCAGAAGAGAUUUUUAUUUGUAAUCUGUUUACUAUAUCUUUUUACUCAGUGUGUCGCACACGUAUCAUUAUUUAGUACCAGAUUACGAGGUCGUCCACCCGAGAAAAGUUAACAAGAAGGGUGAAUUUUUAAGCCACAAACGUUCGCACAACGACAGACUACGCGCACCAGAAAUACAUAAAGAAAAAGACUUACAUUACAAGAUUAAGGCAUUUGGAGAAAAUUUCAACCUUCAUUUAAAAAAGAACCAUAAACUAUUUGCAAAAGACUUACAUGUGGAAGUUCUAGGACAUCGGGGUAAAAUUCUUAGAAAAGAGAAAGUUAGAAAUUGUUAUUAUCAUGGACAUUCUAAGAAUCAUCACAAGUCCAGGGCUACAUUGAGCACUUGUGAUAACUUG